UAGGUAUAUAUAUACCUUCAUACACCUUCGGGAUUUUUUCUCUGUUCUAUUAAUCUGCCGUUUUCCUUGCGCAUUCUCGCAUGGCGGGUCUGCACUCUUCUUCUUCUUCCUCGAGGCUCCUUCCGUCUUCUUCAUCGUCUUUCUCUCGGCUCGUUUUCCUCUUGACCCUUCUUCCUCUAACCCUCGCCUGCUUCGCCUUCAUCCUCCAAUGGCGAGGCGGGUUAAACGACCCGAUUACCCGGUGGUCUCCUGAUCGCCAUGAGUUCCCAGGAAUGGGUUCCGUCUCCGAGAAAAGCUCGCUGCGCAGUUCGAGCUCUGAUUCGGGUUGCGCAAAUAUUCUGGGUCAGAGCCGUUCCCCUUCGUUUCCGUAUUUCCGGGACUCGAAGUUCGAUUACGGGUCGGAUCUGAAACCUAGGAUAUGUAUUACUACGAGCACUUCUGCUGGCUUAGAGCAGACACUGCCUUGGAUUUUCUUUCACAAGACUAUUGGAGUUUCAACCUUUUAUCUAUUUGUCGAGGGGAAGGCUGCAAGUUCAAAUGUAUCACGAGUUCUUGAAACCAUCUCGGGUGUGAAAGUUAUAUACAGAAGCAAAGAAUUGGAAGAACAGCAGGCUAAAAGCCGGAUAUGGAACGAGACCUGGCUGGCGAGCUUCUUCUACAAGCCGUGUAACUACGAGCUAUUCGUGAAACAAACUCUGAAUAUGGAAAUGGCAAUCACCAUGGCGAGGGAUGCUGGCAUGGACUGGAUAAUCCAUCUCGACACUGAUGAGCUUAUACAUCCUUCUGGAACCCAAGAAUAUUCUUUGAGGCAGUUGCUCGGGAAUGUUCCUGCAAACGUGGAUCAAGUCAUCUUCCCAAAUUACGAGAGCAGUGUUGAGCGAGAUGACAUCAAGGAACCUUUCAGUGAGGUAUCGAUGUUCAAGAAGAACUAUGACCAUCUUCCCAACGAUGUUUACUUUGGAAGUUAUAAAGAGUCCACCCGUGGAAAUCCAAACUAUUUUCUGACCUACGGAAAUGGGAAAUCAGCUGCUCGAAUUCAGGACCAUCUUCGCCCCAAUGGUGCUCAUCGGUGGCACAACUACAUGAAGAGCCCCGAUGAGAUAAAACUAGAUGAAGCCGCUGUCCUGCACUAUACUUACCCCAAAUUUUCUGAUCUCAUUUCAAGACGUGAUCGUUGUGGCUGCAAACCGACUAAAGAGGAUGUCAAGAGAUGUUUCAUGCUGGAAUUUGAUAGAGCUGCAUUCAUCAUUGCUUCCACUGCAUCAGAAGAGGAGCUGCUUCAAUGGUACAGAGAACGAGUUGUAUGGACCGACAGAAAAUUGACCCUGAAACUUCUUAGGAAGGGGAUUCUGACCCGCAUUUAUGCACCGAUGGUUAUAAUCCGAGAGCUGAGAGAGGCCGGUGUCUUCAGCUCUGUGAUAGCCUCGGCUCACAUGUCUCUCCCCAGGGACCAUAGCAACUCUUCCAACGUGGAAAAAACCCGGGAAUUCUCUCAGGCAACAGCCAGGAAGGUUUUGGAAUUCGAUCUUGAUGGUGGAUUGGAAGCAUCAGCUGUACCACCACAAUCACCUCCCGGCUCAGAAGAAACAGAGGGAGUGAUUUACCCCUCUUCUCUCUCUGCCCAAUCGUCGAUGAACAGAGUCCUGCAGUUAGGUUUCCAGGACUCCAUUAUCAAUGUCGCCAGGUUUGUGGUGUUGCCUUGUAGGAGAAUAAGGACUGGUUCAUUCGUUAGUGUGCGAAUUGGAGCAACGACAUUGAAGAAGACAGUUGUUUCAAAUGCGCCGAAGCUUAUGUCCUCCAUUACCAACGAUAACAAGGGAAAGAAACUCAAAGUAGAAGCAGCCAUUAACCAAAAUUCCCAUGAGAUGGUUGAUGCUAAGGGCAUUGAAGGUGAUGACCAUAGUGAAGAUAUGGGGUCGGUUCUGGGUGAUCACCGGGAUAUCGAAGCUAUGACCGUUCAAGAACUUCGAGCUACAUUGAGGAGACUUGGGUUACCUCCGAAAGGGCGCAAACAAAACCUUGUCUCUGCUCUACGUUCUUGCAUGGACAGAAAUGUGUCAGAUGAAAUUUCGGGCGCAGCAGCAGAAGAAACUACCUUGUUGACCCGUUCUAAAAGUACAUCCAUCAAGAGAAAGGUCAAGAGUAGGGAAGAGACUACUGAUGGUGCGAGCGUUAUUAGCCAUGAACAAGGAAAGAGAAGAGUAAAGCAGUCUUCUGAGAAAAAGUUGAAAGCGGAAUUUUCGAUGGAAGGUGUCUCAGAAGAACAGAAGCCAUUGACGAGAACAGGUAAGCAGUUGUCGAUGGCAAAUAUUUCUAGUGAAAUCAUUAGGGCUGGUGAUGGAAAAAUCUCAUCAGCUAGCCCAAAUGAGCCGUGGACUGUACUUGCCCAUAAGAAGCCUCAGAAGGGGUGGAUUGCUUAUAAUCCCAAGACUAUGAGACCUCCACCUCUGCCAGAGGGUACGAAGUUUGUAAAACUCGUGACUUGGAAUGUUAACGGGUUGAGGGCAUUGUUGAAGUUAGAGAGUUUCUCGGCCCUGCAGCUUGCCAGACAGGAAAAUUUCGACAUACUAUGUUUGCAGGAGACCAAGCUCCAGGCCAAGGAUGCUGAGGAAAUUAAGCAAACUCUAAUUGAUGGAUAUGACCAUAGUUUCUGGUCCUGCAGUGUCUCGAGACUUGGUUAUUCCGGUACAGCGAUAAUUUCACGGAUAAAACCACUCUCAGUUCGAUAUGGCAUGGGCCCAUCAGGAACAGAUCAUGACAUGGAAGGCCGGAUUGUGACUGCAGAAUUUGACUCGUUCUACUUGAUAAGUGCUUACGUCCCUAACUCAGGAGAUGGCCUGAAAAGACUGUCAUACAGGAUCGAAGAGUGGGACCGAUCCCUCAGCAACUACAUGAAAGAGCUGGAAAAAUCGAAGCCUGUGAUCUUGACAGGCGAUCUGAACUGUGCCCAUGAAGAAAUCGAUAUCUAUAAUCCCGCGGGAAACAAAAGGAGUGCUGGGUUUACAAUAGAAGAAAGGAAAUCCUUCGAUGAAAACUUCUUGGACAGAGGCUUCGUCGAUACAUUUAGAAGGCAACACCCUGAGGUUGUUGGCUACACCUAUUGGGGUUACCGCCAUGGCGGCCGCAAAACCAACAAAGGAUGGAGACUGGACUACUUCCUGGUAUCGGAAUCGAUAGCAGACGAUGUCCAUGAUUCUUAUAUUCUCCCGGACGUAAAUGGCAGUGAUCAUUGCCCCAUUGGCCUCAUUCUCAAGCUCUGAUCUUUCAUUCCACAGCUCAGUCCCUGUUUUUUUUUGGUUGGCUAAAUGGUUUUGUCGGCUUAUUUAGACGAGAAAGCUGUCGGAAAAAACUUGCAGGUUUGUCUCCUUUGCCAAACGCAGGCUUUCUUGUCCGUGAAAUAGGUGAACAAAAGUUUUCUCAUUGCAGCUCGUUUUGUGGGACAGAACAAUGUGUGAAUCGUUUAAAGAUCGAAACUUUUUUUUUUUAUCCAGAUUCCAAAUAAAGAAAAGGUACAGUCUUUUUUUUUC